AUGGAAGGGCAAUGGGUGAUUUGGUUUUCUGCACUGGUAAGCAGUUUUCUGGCGUAUUUCUUAUCAGAGUUAAUCGGGAGAAGAAAGAAGAAAAGCAGGGCAAAUCUUCCUCCUGGACCUCCUGCCUGGCCUAUAGUGGGAAACAUUCUCCAGCUGGGGAAAAAACCCAAUGAAUCUUUGUGGGCUCUUUCUCAGCAAUACGGCCCACUCAUGACUCUCUCUCUCGGCAUGAAAACUGCAGUGGUUGUUUCCUCCUCUGAAAUGGCAAAGGAGAUCUUCAAAACCCACGACCAAAACUUUGCAGGACGGACUCUGAUAGAAGCAGCAAAGGUUAAUUCUCACCACGAAUCUUCAAUAGUGUUUGCUCAGUAUGGAGAUUACUGGCGGAAAGUGAGGCGAAUUGCUGCCACAGAGCUCUUCACUCCCACCAAACUCCAAGUCCCGCAAUAUCUGAGAAGAGAUCAAGUCUCUUAG